AUGUCUAGUUUUAAAGAUAAUUUUACAAGAAAUUAAGGAGAUUAAAACCUCUAGUAUGAUGAUUCAGCAUUUUACUUUUUUGCUUUUUCAGUACUAUCGUUUGUGUCAGUUAUCACUGGUUUAUUCGUAUUAAGAAACCUAUUUAAGAAAGAUUCUUAAAUCAAAAGAGUUCAUCCAAAAGAUAAAUCAGCUGAUUAGAAAAAACUAAAUUAAGCAGUAUAAUUCAAGGCUCAAAAAUAUAGCUUAAAAUUCUAUUUUCUGAUACUUUUAUUUUUAGCAUGUAUCUACUUUGCAUAUCAAACAUCGAAAUUCACUGCCAAAACAGAUGAUUUGAAGAGAUUCGAUCCUUAUGAGAUUUUAGAAAUCCAAAGAGGAGCUUCUUAGGGAGAAAUUAAAAAAGCAUACAGAAAAAUGGUGUUAUUAUAUCACCCUGAUAAGAAUCCUAGUCCCGAAGCCGCUGCUAAAUUCUUAUUAGUUACUAAAGCUAAUGAGUGUUUAACUGAUGAAACAAAGAUGAAAGUUUGCGAAUAAUUUGGUAGUCCUGAUGGUCCUGGUUCAUUGCAAGUAGCUAUUGCAAUGCCUUCAUUCUUUUAAAAGAAAGAAAAUCACGUUUUUGUUUUAGCCUUAUUUUCCGUUCUUUUUGUCAUAUUAGUACCUAUUGUUGUUUUAAUAUGGUUAAACAGAUCUCAAUCCAAAAACAACCAUGGAAUGUUAGUUGAAAACUAUAUGGUAGCUUUCUAAAAAAUGACCCAAAAUAUGGCAGCAUCGAAGCUAAUUGAAAUAAUUGGUUAUUGUGCCGAAUUUAGAUUCCCAAUAACAAGAUAAGAACAAGAAUACUUUACCAAAAAAACUUAAUUUUUAGAAGAGUAUCAAACUUCAAAGAAUACCAUUUCCACUAAGGGUUAAAAAUUGCUUAUUUUAUAUUUUGAAGGAAUUGAAAUUCCUAAGGAAUCUUAGAAGCACUUUGCUUAAUUGAUGAGUUAAACUCCUUGCAUUUUAGAGAGUGCUGUUGAACAUUGCCUUUAAUUAAAUGCAAUGCUUCCUAAAGGAAAUCCAAGAUAUUUAAGUGUUUAAACUCUUCUUAAUACCAUUCACUUCUAAUAGCAUUUCUUUUAGGGAGUUUGGUCUACUAAGUAUGAUAUGGAUCUUAUGCAAAUUUCAUCUGUCCAAAGCGAUAAAGUUAGUUUUAAAAAACUCUAUUAAAAAUAUAGAAACUUAAAAACUUUGUAAAAUACACCUGUUGAGUAAAGAAAAUAUGAUAUCUAAGUUAAUUUAGAUGAGGCUAAAAAAUAAAAAUUCAUAGAUGAAGUCAACUAAGAGGUAGAUUCUUUCCCUAAUAUGAAAAUGCAAUUCGAUGUUUUGCUAGAUGAACAAGAAAGCAGUGGAACCUAUAGAGCAACUUCAUAAGAAAAUAAAACUGUUUCUCUUACUAUUGAAGAAGGUUAAAUUUUUAAUCUUAAAGUAGGCAUCACUCGUGAAAAUAUUCCUGAAAAAGAAGAGGGAAUGUUUGCAAUCUGUCACAAAUAUCCUUACGUUAAAGACAUGUAUUUACAUGUAUUUGUCACUGACAAAGAAAGAAUUUUCUAAUACCAGCAAUUAACUGGACAAGCUAGAUAUAUUGAAUUCAAUGAGAAAAUGGCAUUACCUCAAGGAGAAUUUAGUUUAGAAUUACAUGUUAAACCAGAUUGCUAUAUUGGAAUGGAUGAAGUUUUUAAAUUUAACUUGAAAGUAACUCCUCGUACUGAAAAACACCAAAACGAAGAUGAUAUUCAUCCUGAAGAUAUUGAAAAAUUCAAAGAACCUACAUUUGUUUAAAAACUAAUGGGUCAAUUACAAGAGUAAGAACAAGAAGAAGAAGAGGAUGAAAUCCCUGAUAUCACAAAAGACCUUGGAAAAGCAAAUACUAAUGAUGAUUAAGAAGAAGAAAAAGAAGAAUCAGAAAAUGAAUAGUAAAAGAGUGAUGAUAAAAAGAAAAACUGA